AUGGCACUUUCUUUCACUAGAUGGUUAUGGUUGGGAGGGAGGGAAAAGGAGAAAGUCUCGAAUGGGUCCGUAAUGAGUUCGAUAAAUUCUAAAGGCGAUUGGGGGGUAGGAUUAAGGGGCGAGCCUGAGAGUUUGAAGUUCUUUCCUGUGAAGAGCCCGGCCAGUAGAGUCAAGAGGAAAUGGAAAAGUAGGGAAGAGAGAGGGAGGAGGGUGGAUAAAGAGUAUGAUGUGGUUUUAGUGCCUUCGGACGGUGUUUGUCUAUCGGGGUCUGAAUCGGAGGACUCGGAUUGGUCCAUCGGGUGGCUCGAGCCGCAUGCCCCCAAUUUCCAGAGCGAUGAUGAGGAAGACGAUAGCUUUGCUGUGUUGGUACCUUGCUAUAGGCAUGACUGUAGAGAAGUAAAUGAGGUUGAUGAGGAGAACAUGGGUAAUCCAUUCUUGAAUGCCGUGAAGAAUUUUCCGGUCGGUUAUUCGGCUGAUGGCACAAAGUAUAUGGAGCAGUGGCUUUCUUCUCUCCAGAAUUUUUGA